AAACUCAAGCAUUUUUAAAAGAAAUAAUCUGUGAAACAAGCAAAAAAUAUAUACGAGAACAACUUUUACCAAAACUAUAUAUUUGCACAAUAUAUCGAGAUUACAUUAACCUCAAAGAAGAAUUACCAACAAUAACACUUACUGAACCAUUAACUAAUGAACCUUAG